UCCCAACUCUUAUCAUAGUUGUAGUAGAAAGAAAAGAAUGGCAAUAGAUGAAUCGUGUACAAAACCUGGUGCUAUCCCAUUCAAGUGGGAGAUCAAACCUGGUGUUCCAAAACAACAUGUCCAACAACAGCAACAUAAAAGACAACAAUCACCACCAGAGCUACCAAAACCCCGUGACUACAAUCAUCGUAAAAUUUCACCAUUACCAACCCCACCUUCGGUCUCACCACAAAAGCUUAGGCCCCCACCAUCCAGGUCUCACUUCGUGCCUCCAAUGGAGCCCCGAACCCGCUCUUUUCGCUCGUCUCCCAGGACCCGAUCCGAGCGCUGGCGGUUUGACCGACCCGCCAGCUUUGUUAGGCCCGAGGUUGUUGCACCUGGGUGUUUCUUGUCUUCUUUCCUGAAGAGGAAGUCGGUGAAGACUAGGCUCCAGAAACCCGGACCCGAGUCCGAACCCGAUUAUAGUUCGGAUCUUGAGGUCUUGUCUAGGUGGUCUGUUUCAAGCCGGAGGUCGCUCUCCCCGUUCCGUAAUUCACCAAUGUCUUCGUCGUUCUCGUCGUACCAGUCGUCGCCCCGACCCGUGAGUGAUGCCGAGUGGGCCGGGUUCGGACUCUUUUGAAGGAGCCUAUUGCUUGCCUUUAGGCUUUAACUGAGAACUUUGAAAAAUAUUAAGGUUGACACAACUUUUUAUUGCAUAAAUCUUAUAAAUUGAGGUAAUAAUGAAUGUGGUUAACAGGCUUUAAAUGCUCAUGUUAAUUAUAUUUAUUGUUAUAUUAAUUUGUAAAUUUUAUACAGUAAAAUUUGUAUGUAAUACCGUUGUAUUAUUGUAGCAGCUUUGGAGGGAAGUUGUUUUUCACACUUUUGAUUGUCUUAGACAACUUUCUUUUAUGUCACAUGGGAGUUUGUAGUAGUCAAAAAGCUCAUAAUAUAUGUACUUUUGGUUUUUGAAUUUUAUUUUAGGAGGAGGAGCCUUUCUUGUAAAUUUAAAGUAAAGAUUCAAGGAUAUGAUUUUCUUGGAACUA